AGAGUCUGUCAAUUCAGGAGAGGCAUUAGAAAGUUCAACAACAGGGAACCAAGAAGUACCUCCAGCUGAAGGAACUAAGCAAAUAGUAACUGUGGAGAACAAACCCAAUAACUGUCGAUAACAAACCCAGUAGUCAUGAAGCUAAGCGUUGCCCUGUUCUUUGCCGGCUUCUUCGGUGCUUUGGGAACUGUGUUUUUCUUGUUGUCUUUUGGAACGGAUUAUUGGCUUUUGGCUACUGAAACAUGUUCACCUGAAAACAAUGGAAGCAAAACCGUAAAUGCUGUUCCAGUUGAGCAUAGCGAUAUAGUCACAUCUCCAAAGAAAACAGAUACCACUUAUCAUCAUGAGGGCUUCUUCUGGAGGUGCUGGUUUGGUGGGAAACUUGCAGAGGACAAUAUAUGGAAGUUCUGGUUCACCAACCAGCCACCUUCCAAGUUGUGUAUGCACUCAUACCUCUUUCCAUUCCCAGUAACAACCCCGGUUCACAACUCCACUUCCUAUGACACUGCAGUCAUCUAUCGCGGGUUCUGGAGUGUGUUCAUGCUUGUUGGAGUGGCUGCUGUUGUGAUGGCAGGCUUCAUAAUCAUCUGUGCUGCUCCCUUUGCCAGUCAUAAACUUUACAAAGCAGGGGGAGGGCUGUUUCUAAUUGCUAGUGUGCUCUUCUCAGCAGUAGUUGUCAUGUAUGUCAUCUGGGUCCAAGCAUUAAGCACAAUGACUGACUAUAAACAGCAACAAGAAACAUCACUCUGUCCAGACUUUCAUAUCAACAUCAGAUAUGGGUGGUCCUUCAUGCUGGCUCCUGUGGGGAUAUUCUUUUCUUUACUGGCUGGAAUGCUUUUCCUAUUAAUAGGACGUACUGUUCAGAUGAACUACAACUGACGAGGAUGCUCCGGAAGCAGUGUAUGGAUGACAAAACUGUGGAUGGAUAUCAUAUAGAAUAAACUGGUAGAUUUAAUAUACAUUUUGCCAAGUGCAUUGUUACAGAAGUUCAUUACAGUACAUUUUCCAAAGUUUCUUUUUAUACUGUACAUCAGCCCCUAGCUGUAUUUUUAUUCAUUCUUCUAGAAUGAUUGGAUUCAUUAUAUUCCCUUUACUUACUACGGCCUGGAAUUUUGAGACCACAUUUAAUGAAACAUGAAUGAACAAGUCUAAGAUAAAUAAUAUACCGGUAUUAAACAUUUUUAAAUCAGUUUAAUUUCUUUAUACAUUCUUACCUUUUACUGAAUUGUGUUCUGUAGGUCAGAUUGACGAAUUUUCAAAGAGGUUUAUUUCAAUGUGUAAAUUUUUACCAAAGGUACAAAAUACCUUUGCUGCCUAAAAUACCUUAAAUUAAAUAUCAGAUUUUUUUUAUAUCUACCAAUGUAUUUUUAAUGGACAUUUAAACAUUUACAAUCUAAAAUAACCAUGCAGGUAAAUCUCCAAAAUGCAAGUUACAAUUUAAAUGUCAAUUAAGAUAAAUAUUACAACUCUUGCAACAAGCUCUUAAGUUUUUGUUAACUAAUUAGUGACUUGCUUUAAAGUCUGUUUUGACUGAUUAAAUGACAUGUGGUAUUUCGAAGUUUUAAAGGAGACAGUCUAGUACUGUCUAUUAGACUUCAUUUAAUUUCUCAAAACAGUCUUUGAACAGUUAGAUUUUUAUAAAGCCUGAUCUUGUUAUAAUGAGUCAUGUAUAUAAUCACUGAAAAGAUUUAAAAUACAUAAGUAGUAUUUACAUUGUAAACAAGGUCCACUGAGAGUUUCACCAAAAAAAUGGUAGACAGUAAAGACCGUGAUUCAUCUCUCUCUAAUAUGUUUUUAACAGGAACUUUACAUUUUCUCAUGUGUAAAAUAGUAGUUUUUUUCAGUUAUACAUAUUACAGUUUUUAAAUCUAAUAUUUAUUCAUCCUUUCCAUUAAUGGCUUGCAUAGCACCUGCAGUGUGUGUGUGUGGCAUUUUUGUAUCCUUGUAAAAGCCUGUAAUAUGUUUGCAUGAUGGUCAUCUGCUCCUGUAAAUGAAAUGUUGAGGGCUGUCCUGUAUAAAUGUUUUCAAAUAAAUAAAAAAAAUAUACUAAUUGAACUGGUCAAGUUAUGAUCUAAAAACUUUUACCAAAGGACA